GUCCCGAACCCAAAAACAUGUAUAUGCCACACAAUUCCCUUCGCAGCUAGCUAUUGUGGCUCACAAGCACAUAGAGAGUCGCGAGGCCCAUGGCUGCCCUCUGCGGUCGAGUCCCUCUUUCACCCACCCAAGUUUUCAAUCUCACUAAAUCAGGAGGAGAUAAACCCUAUUUUCAUAAACGAUGCCCGAAUCGGAGCACGGUCAUGACUGCAACAACCACUGUGCUUGGGAAAGGAGGUGGGUUGUUGGAGAAGCCUACCAUAGAGAAGACCACACCUGGUCGUGAUUCUGAGUUUGACUUGAGGAAAUCAAAGAAAAUGUCUCCACCUUAUCGAGUGAUGCUGCAUAAUGACAACUUCAACAAGCGGGAGUAUGUUGUACAAGUUUUGAUGAAGGUUAUCCCUGGAAUGACAGUUGACAUUGCAGUCAACGUGAUGCAGGAGGCACAUCACAACGGCCUGGCAGUGGUGAUUGUGUGUGCCCAAGUGGAUGCAGAGGACCACUGCAUGCAGCUGAGAGGCAAUGGUCUUUUAAGUUCGGUUGAGCCUGCAAGUGAUGGAUGCUGAUCAUUGUUGACUAGUACCAUCAUCACCAAAAAUCCAAAUAAAUAAAAUAAAUUAUAAAAGGAAUUGCAAUGUCUUAGCUAGAUCAUAUCUUUGGUUAUAUAUCGGUUUGAGUAGUGCGAAUGUGCAUGUAUGUAGUACCCUAGUAGUAUGUACAUAAACUUGCCCCUAUUAACACGAACUGCUUUUAGGGCAUGUUGAGUA